GCAAAUAAACGUCAGUCUACUUCAAACAUUAAUUCACAUUUCUUAGAUUUAACGCAAUUUUAGUUAUUUUAUUCAUUUAAAUUUCGGUCGUUUUAAUAGCGCUUUCAAAAUAUGAAGCACUUUAUUAUUAUCAUAGUUUUGUCUUUAAUUGUAUCAACUCUUGCGAUCGGUCGAAGAGAGUAUAACCGCAGAGAUCAACGAAAAGUUAUAUGAAUUGCAAAAUUCUGGAGACAUUUGUGACAACAGGACGUCCACUGAGUGCAUAGAAUUGGAGAACGUUUACACAGAAUAUGCAAAUCUAAUGGUUUUGGCGGACAAUAAGAUCAAAAACAAAACACUCAAGAAGGAUAAGACUAUUCUGAGCUUUAAGUUGAAGAAAAUCAAGGAAUUUGAGGCAAAUAUGAGACCAAUGGUUGACAAACACAGGAGACUUCGACUCAAUCUUCUCAACGAUUUUCUGUAUACUGUUAAAUACGCGAUAAAAGAUGUUUUUAAUAUGGAUUAACCAUUUAAAGUACUUUUCUAUCGCUAUCUUAAAUAUAUGCUUAAAUGCUUGAAAAUUGUAUGUAAAUUAUAAUAAAGUCUAAUUUUUUAGCAAAUAUAGAA